ACGGUGCACUUUAAGAUCCCGCCUAAUGUCAACUUUGACCAAGCCUCAACCAUCCCACUCACGCUUGCCACUGCCGCUAUCAGCCUGUAAAACGGCAAGAAGGCGGGCGGAAUUGCCCUCUCCGCUCCUUGGGAAGAGAGCGGCCGCAACAAGUAUGCUGGAGAGCCCAUCUUUGUCCUUGGCGGCUCUUCUGCUGUCGGACAGCACGGUGCACUCCAUUCCCUACCUCGCGUCACAUAAGAUGCUGGUUAUAUGCAUAGUAAUCCAGUUCGCGAAGCUCUCCGGCUUCUCACCUAUUAUCGUGACGGCUUCGAAGCAGAACGAAGCGUACCUCAAGUCGCUCGGGGCGACGCACGUUAUUGACCGCAAUAUACCGCUGGCAGAUCUCCCCGCCUCGGUCAAGGCGGUGACGAAGAAGCCCAUCAAGGUUUCGUACGACGCGAUCUCGGAACCAGAGACGCAGAACGCCACAUACGAUGUCCUCGCGCCCGGGGGGGGGGGACAUUGUUAUGUGCUCCCGGAGGCGAUCGACAAGGACAAGAUCAAGUCUGAUAAGGAGAUCACGCGUCCGUACGGCAAUGUUCACGCGCCUUCAACCCGCGAUAUCGGCAGGAGCCUAUAUGCUAAGCUGACCGGUUUGAUUGAGGCUGGUGACAUAAAGGUGUGGUCUUAUGUGCACGUCGUACUGACUGGUACUAAUCUUACUCUUCAGCCGAACAACGUCGAAGUUCUCCCUAACGGGCUUGCAGGAAUCCCCGAAGGGCUGGAGAAGCUGAGGAAGGGUGUGAGCGCGCUGAAACUGGUUGCUCGGCCGCAGGAGACCAUUUGAGAUGCAAUCUAGAGUCUGGGGAUAACCAAGAUGUAUCAGCGUCACUCACACAACAAUGCGAAGUUGUUCAAGUCAGGCUCUCGCUUUGAUUCUGCGCCUGCACAGUUUGCACAACGGCUGGUUUCAAAAGCUGUUAGCCCAGUAUGGCGAUUGAC